AUGGAGAGAGCAACAUUUGGUGGUGGAGGGAAUUAUCCAUACGAGAAUGGGGUGGUGAUGAUGACAAGAGACCCUAAGCCAAGACUUAGAUGGACCGCUGAUCUUCAUGAUCGUUUUGUUGAUGCUGUCUCCAAACUCGGUGGCCCUGAUAAGGCUACUCCGAAGUCAGUCUUGAGGUUGAUGGGGUUGAAGGGUUUGACAUUGUACCACUUAAAGAGUCAUUUACAGAAAUACAGACUUGGACAGCAGGCUCGGACACAUAACAAUACAGAACAAAACAGAGAGAGCAGAGGGGCUUCAUAUGUAAACUUCAGUCAUAGUUCCUCAGGGACGACAAGUACCAGUUCACCAGGAAUGGAUAAAGAACAAGGAGAAAUCCCUGUUGCAGAGGCAUUAAAUUGUCAGAUUGAUGUAGAUGAAACAUUACAAGAACAGCUUGAGGUACAGAAAAAGCUGCAGAUGAGAAUAGAAGCACAUGGGAAGUACUUGCAGGCUAUACUGGAGAAAGCCCAGAAGAGCCUCUCACAAAAUUUGAAUGACGACGGCAAUGGAAAUUUAGAAGCCACUAGAGCUCAAUUAACAGGCUUCAAUUUGGCUAUAUCUAGCCUCAUUGAGAAUUUGAAUGCAGAAGAUAGGAAACCGAGCAUCGCAGAUUUGAAAGGUAUCGAUAUCAAGGAAAAUGGUUCGGCUAUCCAUAUCCAGAGAGAGGGACAGACACAGGAAACUAAAGAUGUUAAGCACCAUCCUCAAGGAGAUUCCACACAUUUUGACUUAAACAGGAAAGGCACCUAUGAUUUUGUUGCUGCAAAUGGAUCUGAGUUGGAACUCAAAAUGCUUUCUUAUAGGAGAUAA